AUGUCCUCGGUCUCAGCAACACGCUCCGCCACGCCUUCGUCAAUUUCGUCGUCGUCGUCGGCGGCUCCGGACCGAGGCUCCGGGCAGAUGUCUCUCCCACGCGCUGGUGCGUCGUCGCGCCCGCUGUGGGCGGUAGAGGGCCGACAGCCGACAGGCAGGCAUCUUCGAUGCCCAGCUGCGGCUGAGGCUGAGGCUGCGGCUACGGCUGGUACGCCCUCGGCCACCUCCCAGGCAGACUCGGCCGCUUCGCCCUCGCUCUCGGUCUCGGUCUCGGUCUCGGACGUGCUGGCGUACUCGCUCUCGCUCGACUCGUCCACCAUCGAGGACAAGCAGCUGUAUUCGUACUCGUCGGCGUCGUCGUCGGUUAGCCCGUCUUCUGCCUCGUCGGCGGCGUCCUCGGGCUCGUCGGCGUCGUCGUCGGUCUCGGCGGCGGCAGCGGUGGCUGGCGCGGCAUCCCGCUCCCGCUCGCGGGGUCAAGGUGCGGGCGCAAAUUUGCAGGCGCGUACGCGACGCAAGCACAAGAAGAAGAAACGGCGGCGGAGCAAGGUGCUCGACGCCCCCGGCCCAUCGGGCAUCGAUGAGGCGCCUGCGUCCAGCGGGCGACGCAAGAAGAAGAAGAAGCGCAAGCGGCGGACCGACGAUGCCGCACCGACGCCACCGUUUGCUACCCCACUGGCUUCACCGCGCCACGAGGCAUUUGCAACACCGAUGUCAACGCUGGCGUUCAAGACGCCGCUCCCACGCGUCUCGCUCAAGACCAAUGCCGACGGCUCGCCACGGCCAACCCGUGGCUCGUGGCCGGUCUUUACUGCCGCCGAGGUUGCGCUCAACUCGACGGCAACGUCGUGCUGGCUCUCGGCCAAUGGCAAUGUCUACGACGUGACGCACUUUCUCGACGACCACCCCGCAGGCCCUCAGUGUAUCUUGGGCCGGGCGGGCGGCGACGCAACAAGGGACUUUGAAUUCCACCUGUCCAAGGGCAAGGCCAUGUGGAAGCGGUUCCAGAUCGGCGUGCUCGACACAAAGUCUGCCGGUUGCAGCAUAAUGUAAAGCAGCCCGAAUCCA